CCACACCCUUCCAAGUCCCGCGAUGCUUCACAUGCCCACUCCGCUACCGCGUUUUUCACCGUCUUCUAUCUCCGUAUAAGUUCCUAAGACCAGCCGGUCUCACGGUCGCUCACAGUCGUCCACGGUCGCCCACGUCCACGUUUAAAUUUUUGCGCCGACGGUUCCUAUUUGCAGACGCUGUCGUUCAACGUUGAUCGAACGAAGCGACUGUGCGAGUUGUCAGCCCGACCAAAAAGCCUUAUUUUCGUCUCAUCCCCCUUCCCAUCGUCGUCGCCGCAACAAAUCUCGUAUCGUAAAAAUGUCGGAUCACGACCUUGCCGGUAACGAUGACUUGUCCUUACCCAAGGCCACCGUUCAAAAGAUCGUAACAGAGAUCCUUCCGCCCUCCGCCGGCGUCGCCUUCUCGAAAGAGGCCCGCGACUUGCUCAUAGAGUGCUGCGUUGAGUUUAUCACCCUGAUCUCCUCAGAGGCCAACGAGAUCUCGGAGAAGGAAGCCAAGAAGACCAUCGCAUGCGACCACAUCACCAAGGCCCUCGAGCAGCUGGGCUUCGCAGACUACGUCCCCGCCGUACUUGAAGCCGCCGCAGAGCACAAGGAAGUGCAAAAGGGUCGUGAAAAGAAGGCCAACAAGUUCGCCAACAGCCAGAUCCCCCUCGAGGAGCUCGAGAGGAUGCAGAGAGAGGCGUUUGAGGACGCUGCCAAUCGCCACGCUUAGAGGAGAUGAGAUUGCUUGGAGGAGGGCGUUUGCUUCGUUUGAUUCGGCAUGGAAACGGCGUUUAUUGAGGUACAAGCUACUGGGUCUUUUUGGGGAGAAACAUGAUGUGGUUUUCACCACGCUGACGACUGCAUGAAACCGGCUCGCAGGGCUAUUCGGAGAGAGAGGGAGAGAGAGAUAGAGAGGACGCGGUGUUUUGGUAAGCAGGGUAUUGGAACGACCUGCGAUUCCUUCGGGCAAGAUGGAUUAGCCAUAUCGUCUCUCCAGCACAUAUCAAAUACAGACAACCUCUUGUCGUUUUGGGCUAGAGUAACAC